AUGCAUUUUGUUUUGAUUGUUUGUGUUUGUGCCUGGUUCUUGUUUGCAUCCCGUUCCCGUUUACGUUCACGUCGUCAGCAAUUUGUUCAGAAUUUGUUCUUAAAAAUGGAGGCAAACUCCCCAACUACAGUGACAGCAACAACACCAACAUCAGCAGUUACCACAUCCAUGACCAUGGUGGUGGCCUCAACAACGCCCUCGCCAGCUGCCAGUACCAGCAGCAGCAGCAAAUGUCACAGUCAAUCCCAGACGGCAGCUGCCUCAAGUUGCUCUGGAACGCCCACAAAUGUUGUUGCCACAUCGCAAUGCCAAUCCCAAUCCCAAUCCCAGUCACUGUUAACCACCAGCAUUGAAGCCUGCAAACAGGAGGAUGUCAAUAAUUUAUCCAUGGCCAGCGGACUAUCGGAGGGUCAACGUUCACUUUCGGGUGCUCCGUCGGCAUCCUCCAGUCCCAUUCUAAGUCCGCAGGGCAAGAUCUUUGGACGCAAUGCAAAUGGAACAAUGAUCACCACGUCGAGGCCGAGCAAUGAGGCUGAGGUGCAGCUGUAUCGUGUGCUCCAGCGUGCCAGUUUGUUGGCCUACUAUGACACACUCUUGGAGAUGGGCGGCGAUGAUGUGCAGCAGCUGUACGAUGCCGGCGAGGAGGAGUUCCUGGAGAUAAUGGCAUUGGUGGGCAUGGCAUCGAAGCCAUUGCAUGUACGUCGCCUGCAGAAGGCCCUGCAUGAGUGGGCGAACAAUCCAUCCAUCUUCCAGGGACCCAUGUUGCCACAUUUGGGUCUCUGUGAGACGCCACCAAAACCGGCAUUGGUCUUCAAUCCGGAUACAACACCAGCAUUGCCACGUCAAAAGUUUCCCUCGUUCAAUCCAUCGGGUUCGGCUGCUGGAUUUCAGGGAUCAAGUGCAAGUUCGGCUGCAGCUGCUGCUGCUUCCAUAGCAGCGGCUGCCCAUCUGAUUUCAGCACAACCAGUCAUCUGCCCGACAGUCAUUCCCGCCACAGUCAUACAGAGUCAUUCGCAUUCGCAUUCGCAUUCGCCUCUUGUUCUGCCCACUAGCAAUCCAUCUAGCAAUACGAGCAGUGCUCCUCCAGUCGUGGUGGCCACUCCCUGCGGCACCGCCAGCACUGCGCAUCAGGUGUCCUCCAGUUCCCCGCAAUUGACGCCUGUGCUGACUGAGAUGCAGGUUCAGCGCAUUACCAUGUGCGCCGAGAAGAUUGCCCGCCAGUUGCCACAGCGUGAGCCACGUGCCCAGACUACCAAAAAGCGGACCACUCGCGAACUGGAGCAGGUGAUAGCCAUGAGUGAGCACGAUCCCCGUCGCAUGGACGAGAUACGUAAGUAUUCUGCCAUUUAUGGCCGCUUCGAUUGCAAACGUCGGCCAGAGAAACCGCUGACCCUGCACGAGGUGUGCGUCAAUGAGGCGGCUGCCCAAUUGUGCCGCAAUCCGCAGACCAUUUGGCUGCUCACCAGACGCGAUGAGCUCUUUCCCCUGGCCCGCCAGAUAGUCAAAGAUGCCGGCUUCGGUCAUUCGGCCAGCAUUGCCCGCUACGGGGGUCUGCUCACCCAGAUGCCAGUGCAGGGGGCACAGCAUAGGCACAGUGCGGCCAUCGAUGUCGAUUGUGAGUCCAGUGAUGCGGCAAUGCCCAUCAAACGUCAACGACUCUCCUCCACGGAAGCGGCCCAGCUGCCCGUGGACAUGAAUCGGGAAACCGUGGAGGACUCGCGCUAUAACCUAUUUGCCAUGUACCAGAAGUUUGCCAAGCCGCCAUUCGAUCUAACUGAAAUUGCCAAGUUCUCUAGCUUGGGCAAAGCGGCUGAUUUCGAGGACAACGAUUCACGCUUCUCGUUCAGCAAUUCCAGUUCGCCGCCCAUGCCAACCACCCACCAUUGCAAUGGUAUGGAAAGUGAAAGAUCACCCGUUUCGGCGAAAAUGGAAACAACGCAUAGUGACCUAACCGUGGAAUCUGUGGACCUAAGUGGCUCAGCAACGGCUCUAACGGGUGUCCAUGUUAUUUCCGCAUCCGGUGAUAAUAUCAUUGCCGUAGCAAAUCCUGCUCUUGCCCUCAGUCCAACACUGAAUGAGGUUUUGGCUCUGAAGAGGAAUGCAGCUUCGCCUGAAGCUUAGUUUAAAACGAACAUUUAAUCAUAUAAGAAGAUAAACAUAUAUAGGUAUAUAUAUAUACAACA